AUGGCUGUUAAUGGAACUGAUGUCACCAGUAUUCCGCACUCAGAAGCUGCAUGCUUAGCAAGACAAGGUCCAGAUGUGUUGACUCUGGUUGUUGGAUCAGACAUCAGCCGCUUCCCCAAUACCCCACGGCCGACGUGUCGUGGCUAUCUUCAUAAGCGUACACAUUCCGGAUUACUAAAAGGAUGGAGGAAAAGAUGGUUUGUUCUCAAACAUGAUGGGACUCUUCACUACUACAAGCAUAAAAAGGAUGAAGGAAAGUGUCGGCCACUUGAAGUGACUAAACUGGAAGGCUCUGAAAUUGGUGUGGAUACUACACUGGGGAAACCAUUUGUAUUUAGAUGUGUGCCACAGUCCGGAAACCGCAUAUUCUACUUCUGUGCAACAUCUAACCAAGAAAUGAAAAGGUGGCUGGAGGCAAUGGAUAAAGCCAUUCAUCCUCUAAACCAGAACCAUGUGUGGGUGGAUGUGACCAUGCAUAAUAUCAGUCUUCCUCCAUUAGCAAUCAAGAACCCAGAGUGCUUGGGUCUCCUUCACCAGCUGGACAGAAACAAGGAUGUCUGGGUCCAGCAUUACUGCAUAUUAAAAGAUGGCUGCUUGUACUUCUAUGCAAGUAUCCGUUCAAACAGUGCUCUUGGUGGCAUCUACCUACAAGGAUAUACUGUUUACGAACAGACACACAACUCAAGACGUUGUAUAAUUGAGCUCAGGCCCCCAUCUGAGGAAUUUAAAACUUUCUACCUCAGUGCAGGAAGCGCAGCUGAGAACAAGCGGUGGAUCACAGCUCUGAAGACAUCAAUAAACAAGUGGUUACCCCUUCAUCAAGCUAUCCAGGAUUUCAUGAGCAGACCUCUAGAGGAGACCAGGAUGUGA